AAGUGGUUCCGGGUCCUGCAGCCCGGCAGAGGUAGCUGUGGAUUCGUCGGGAGGCAACAGUCUUUGCAGGAGCGAGGCUUUAGGGGCUGGCGGCGACGGCGGUGGCAGUUGCGGGGACCUCCCGGUCGGGAUGUCAACUAUUCUCAAGUGUGCUGAAGUCCAGUUCUGCUGACUGAGCAUCUAUACAAAGAUCCAGGCGGUCUCUACAGGGUCAUCUUUCUGAAGUGUAAAAAGUGGAUAGUGGCUCACGUGUCAAAGAAUGGCACGGUCUCACUCUAGAUCGCCCAGGUGGAAACCCAGGUCUUUAUCACCAAUACCUAGAAAUUCUGAAUACUACAGGCAAAGGCAUUCUCAUGAGCGUUAUGACUAUGACCAUAGGAAGGAUCCGAAAAGACCCGUUGCUUGGAGAGUGGACAGUGACAAACAUGGACAGAGUAAAGCAAGGAUUCCUUUUCGUGGAAAUGCACACUACCGAUCUUAUGAGCCUAGAUCACCUUCCCCAAACAUAAGAAGAAACUCAUUAGAUGAUUUUUAUACAUCUAAGCCUCGCCAAGUAUAUUUAUCAGGAAGAGGGGAUGAUAGCAGAGGUUCUCAGUACGUGCCCCAAUACUCAGAAGGUGUAGCCUACAAAGAGCACCAGAGCAAUUAUCAUCCCCAGCAAGUGCAAGGAAGGUAUAUUCCUGGUGACCAGAGAGUUAGAGGAAGUGAAAAAGGAGGGAAAGCACCUCAGAGGUCAGUAGCAGAUUCUUCUAGAUUCGAAGGAAAGUGGCAUGAAGAUGAAAUGAGGCACCAGAGGAUACAAGAUGAACAAUAUCCUCGGUCACUUAGAAGAGGCUCUGAAGAUUUUGAGACAAGGAGCUCUUUUCAGAACAGGUAUCCUGAGGAUCGGUAUUUCAGAAACUAUGGACACACAUCAGAAAGAUCUACAGACAUGGAGAGGUAUGAGAACAGAGAGUCUGCCAGAAAUCCGCAGUGGAAGUCCAGGCAUUCUCUUCUGCCUUACCAAGAGAAGAAAGAUCAGCGGAAUCUUUCACCCCAAGCUCACCGACACUUUCAGAGGGAAACCUCGGAGACCAGUUCAGCAACCAGGGUAUCCAAUGACUAUCGCUACAAACGUCAUAAGACCUCAGAUGAGGACCAGGGCUUUUCUGAUGGAAGAACUCAGAAGUACUCUACAGAGGAAGAUAGAAAACACAGUUCUCUGAAAGGCUCUAUAAAUAGAGAGUCCAGUUGCUUUAAUGCUGGAAGAGGGAGAGAGACUGAAAGUGGGCAAGUCAAAGAACCUUUUAAACCAUCUCUGAAAAACUGCACUGCCUAUACUCAUUCAAAUAAAAAUGAUGCUGAUCUGAGACCCUAUGAUGACAAAUGGAAGAACAAAAUAAGGAAAAGGGAUGACAGAAGAGAGAGCAACUCUCCCAGCAACCAACUUGAUGAAAGUAAACUUUCCGAGGAGAAGCCUUCACCUACCAUUCUUAAAAAGAAAUUACUUACAGUUAAAAUAGAUAUGAAGAAAACAGAAAAUACAUCCAGGGUUGCUUCUAGCAACACAGAGAGACAGAUGUCACAUGAUUUGGUUGCUGUUGGCAGGAAAAGGGAGAACUUUCAUCCAGUGUUUGAACAUCUUGACUCAACUCAGAAUACUGAAAACAAACCUACAAGAGAAUUUGCUCAGGAAAUCAUAACUAUAAUCCAUCAAAUUAAAGCAAAUUAUUUUCCAUCACCUCACAAUACUCUACAUGAGCGUUUCUCAAAACUGCAGGAUACACAAGCUGCAGAUGUAAAUGAAAAUAAAUUGAAUUCAGAUCCAGAAAUUCACAGGAGAAUAGAUAUGUCUUUGACUGAGCUUCAGAGUAAACAAACUGUGGUAUAUGAUUCAGAACAGACUCCGGUCAAAGUAAUAGAUCCAAAUGACCUACGACAUGACAUUGAAAGGAGGAGAAAAGAACGGUUACAGAAUGAAGAUGAGCACAUUUUUCACAUAGAUACUGCUGCAGAGAGGGAUGAUCAGCUUUCCAGUUUUUCAAGGUUGAAAGAUACUCAUGUUGAUAGAUUCCUAAAAACUUCAUGUUUUAUAAAAUCAAAUUCUAGAAAAUUUAUUCAGAAACGUAACGUGAAUUAUACUAUGCAGAGAAAAGACACUACUCAAAACCUAUUUGGAAUUAGGGGAAACCUUCAGAACACAAGAAGACAUUUUAAGACCAACUUUAGAGAUGGCAUAGUCCAGCCCCAUUAUAAAUCAGGCCUAAUACAGAAGAGCUUGUACAUUCAGGCUAAAUAUCAGCGUUUACGUUUCACUGGUUCAAAGGGAUUUAUCACUAAUAAAUUCAGAGAAAGAUUACUGAGGAAAAAAAAGGGAUAUGCAAACAUUGCCACAGCAAUCUAAUCAGGGAUUGUUGCAAAUGGAAACGACACUACAGGACGAUAUUUGGGAGCAUCUCUUUUUGUCAGAAGUUAGAAUUGGCACUAAAGCACUAAGUGUAACUUUCUUGAUAAAAUAACUUUAUUUUUCUGUAGUGGAAUGCUGCAACUUUUUUACACUUAAUUGCUUUUAAAUUACAGUAUUCAAUUGAAAUGUUGUAUUAACUACAAUUUCUUUUGCAAAAGGUUUCAAAAGGGCAUUAUUCGUUGAAUUUUUCUCUGAGCAUGGUUUCAUAGGGAACUUAAACUGAGUUAUAUCCAAACAUUUCUAUGUUGAAAAUUUUGCUGAUGUAAUAAAAACAAAAUAUCUGAAUUGUAUACUGUCUGUACAUGAAAGAACUUUAAAUAGUGGCCUUACAGUAGCAAAUUUUAUAUCAGAUUUUUCUUUUUCUGAUGACAUUUUGGCUUAUAACUUGAAGUUUUCUUAAGUUUCUGAAGAUUAAGGCCUAUAUAAUUCAUACAUUUCAUAUUAUGAUAUAAGAAGGUGAGAGAAAAGGUGCUUCAAAUAUUCCAUCAGGUAGUUAUGAGUGCACUGAAUUUUUAGUAAUUAGUUCAUUCAGUUUUUUUCCAUAACCGUUUGCUCUUUUCCAAUUUCAAAAUGUUAUUGUGGAGGAUAUGUGAAGAUUUCGUAAUCCAUAUUCCAUCUUACUUUCCCUCAGGGCAAGCUUGUGCAUAUCAUAUUUUUAAAGGCUUUUUAAAAAUUUGACAGUCUCAUAUUUGGAAAUUGUACUUUAUUACCACAGCAUUACACAUUUUGCAAGCACAUACUAUAAAGUGUUUAUUUUAAGUUCAGUUGUAUCGAGUACCUACUAUGUAUAAGAUAGAAUUGGUGGGAUUUUAAAUGAUAUUUUAGGCCCAGUACCUUAUUUCUUUAUGUUUUUGUGUUCUGCUUAAUAGUACGUAUACAUUGCCAAUUAAAUUUUUUGUAAAAUGUUUAUUUGUAAUAAAAUAAAAUAUCGUUGCUCCUUAUGCUUAAAGAA